AUGGCUACAGAAAUAUUGACAGGCAAAAACCGCUCCUUCAAAGCUCGUAUGUCCCCUGGUGAUAGCCGGAGAACUGCCCAAUCUCUCUCCUCCAUGCAACUGUUUUGUUUGGCUUUAUCUCCACUUAGAUUAGGUUCAAGAUUGCUUGGCAGUGGUCUUCUUGCAAGAGCUGAAGAUAAACAAAAUAGUUUAUCUCUUCUGAGUGAUGUGGAGACAAUUUUGGACAAGGACAACUUUACACUCGAGGAGCUGCUUGAUGAGGAUGAAAUUAUUCAAGAAUGCAAAGCUCUAAAUGGACGUCUUAUCAAUUGGAGAAAAGGUUUACUAAUUGGACCCUGUGACGAUUCUCUAUCCUCACGGACUACUGGUCGAGUUAAUGGAGUGAUUUUGACUCAUCGAAAUUUCACAUAUAUGGUGGCUACAAGUCAUGCGGUUUACACGACUCGGAUGGCAGCUGCAAUUUCCUUUUUCCCGUUGCCUCAUUUUCAUGUUUAUGGUUUGUGUUAUUUCGUGACUGCUUUAACUAUAGGAGCGGCGGUGGUGUCCAUGGUUAAAUUUGAUAUGAAGGCAAUGUUGACAGUAAUUGAGGAGAGUAAGGUCACUCACGUAGCACAGACUGCACCGGCGGUGGUGCUGAUGACUAAGGAUCCUAGGUUGUUAGACGACUAUGAUUUGAGCUCUCUAGAUAUUGUAGCCUGCAGAGUUGCUUCGCUUAGGAAAAGCGUACUUAAACUAUUUCGGCAAUAA